AUGCCGACCACCUACGACAGCGAAGCCUUCCGUCGCUACCGGGACGAGAUCGCUGGCAGCGACCGCUCCCUGCGCUUCAUUCUCUACGACAGAGCUCGAGACCUUAUUCACAACCUCGCCGCUGGCAAUUCUGCCAACCUCAUGGACUGGGUUACCGACGACGUCACCCUCGUCACCGACCUCGACGCCCCCGGAAACAUCUACAAGGGCAAGAAAGAGCUGCUCCACUACUUCGACAACGACGACCUCGGCGUGCUCUAUCAUUGGCAUGAAGGAAGCGAAGAGGUCCCGACCCUUCUCAUAGUCGACCGCGGCCGCAUCACCUGCCAUCUGGAGCGACUGCGUUGGGACAGCGACGCCUCUUCUGUUGAGAGACAGCACGUCGUUGCCACCUUCGACCUCAACGAUGAGAGCCGCAUCAAGCGCAUCGAGUAUCGCCUACUUCAGACCGUCCACGACAAAGAGGGCCGCACUCUGGAGGAGGCCAUCUCGGAGACGAACGAGAGAGUUGUUCACAUCGACAAGAACGCGUAUUUCUGA